AUGGCAACCAUCAAAACCCGCAUCUGCAUGAUCUCAGACACUCAUACAAGCACUCCCCACCCACCCCAAGCAACAAACCAUGCCUACCGCCACCCCCUCCCAAAAGCAAACAUCCUCCUCCACGCCGGCGACCUCACAAAAGUGGGGUACCGUGUCGAGCACGAAGCCAUGAUCUCCAUGCUCACCACCGCCGAAGCCGAACUCAAACUCGUAAUAGCAGGAAACCACGACAUAACCCUAGACGAAGACUACUUCACAUCCUUCGGCUACACCCGCCACCAACGCCCCGAACAACUAGGCGACCAAUCCAUCCUACUAUCAGACGACCUCCAUCCCGCCCUCCGCACCUCACCCCCAAACAAAGACUCCCUAAGAGCCUACGCCCGCUCCAUAAAAUCCCUCUGGACGAGCGAAGCUGCCCGGAAGGCAGGAAUAAUCUACCUAGAAGAAGGAACACACUCCUUCACACUCUCAACAGGAGCGAGAUUCACUAUUUACGCUUCGCCGUACCAGCCGGAAUUCUAUAAUUGGGCUUUUGCAUACCCACGCUCCGAAGAUAGAUACAACCCUGCCCCUGUCGCGCAUGCACAGCCUGUAAACCCGGUCCCGGAUUACCCUGCCGUCGAUAUCAUGCUAACGCACGGCCCGCCUGUCGGUGUGUUGGACCAGGUGCCGCCUGAUUUGAAUGUUGGGUGUGAGCAUCUCCUCCGUGCCGUGCGGCGGGCGAAGCCGCGUUUGCAUCUCUUCGGACAUAUUCAUGAAGGAUGGGGUGCGCAGCGUGGGGUGUGGGAUGAUGAGGUGGGUGGUGGUGUUAGGCUUGAAGAUUUGUCGACGGAUAUAGAGGAGAUGCUGGAGAGUCGGGGCGCGUUUUGUGAUGUUAGUGAUGGGGCGGAGAGGCCGUUGAGGGUUGGGGAGGAGACGCUUUUUGUUAAUGGGAGUAUUAUGACGGUCAAUUAUGAGGCGAGGAAUGCGCCGUGGGUGGUUGAUUUGGAGCUUCCUGUCGCUGGUGCAUAG